AUGAUUGGUGAUGCUGAUGAUGAUGGUGGUGGUGAUGGUGAUGGUAAUGGUGAUUGUGAUGGUGGUGGUGAUUGUGAUGGUGAUGAUUAUUGCCUCCUAAAAACCCUCCCAUGCAUCGUCCAGCAUCCGAUUCUUCUUUCCUCAACCCCGUAUCGGCAGAAUUGUCUAGACGAUCAACAACUCUUUCCUUCUUCUUCUUCGAUCAUAACCGAAUAA